AUGGCAUCAAAUAACCAACAAAAAAAUGUACUCAUUACAGGAUGUUCAAGCGGAAUUGGCGAAGCAUUGGCGAGAGAAUUCCAAGCCAGAGGUUACCAGGUAAUUGCUACUGCUCGCAAACUGGAAAGCAUAUCUCACCUCCAGGAGACAGGGAUGACUACCCUGUCUCUUGAUGUAACCAAACCGGACAGUGUUAAAGCAACUGGGAUAGAAGUGGAAAGGAUUACUAACGGAAAACUGGACGUUUUGGUCAAUAAUGCUGGAAUUCUUUCCCGCGGCGCAUUAGCCGAUGUCUCACCAGAGCAUAUCUACUCUAUAUUCAACACGAACGUCUUCGGUCUCAUGGCUGUUGUAUCUAGUCUCUUGCCGCUGCUAAUCGCCGCCAAAGGCACAAUUGUCAAUAUUUCAUCAGCGUCGUCUGUGACGCCGUUCCCUUUCAAAGGUCUCUAUGCAAUGACCAAGGCAGCGCUGAACUCAUACAGUCGUACUCUGGCUAUCGAGCUUUCACCUUUCGACGUUCAUGUCUUAACAUGUCCUACCGGGUAUAUACAGAGCAAACUAGAAGUCAAUGGAACGGAUCAAGUACCGGAAAAUAGUUUGUACAAAGCCAUGGCUGGAAAGAUGGUCUUGGGGUUUCCAGAUACGCACAUGGAAGGUGCAGAAUAUGCAAAGAUAGUGGUGAGCGAAGUGCAGAAAGGACGAGGUUGGAGUUUCGGUCCUUGGAGAUUUGGAGCAAUGAGGGAAUGGCUAUGGGUGGGAACAGGAGCAUCUAGGGGCUAUUGGGCAAGCAUGAUGGGGGAAGCAUUCUUGCAGCGGGGUUAUAAAGGAAUGAUCAAUUGGGAUGAAAUUACUCAAACUAUAAGAAAAGGGAAGGACCUUUAGUAAAAGGUUAUACCAUUGAUAUUUAC